UCUUUCUGAAACUGACAAGUAUUCUUACUCUUUCAGGCGACUGAAUGCAGAAUUAGAAGCCAAAACAGAAAAACUGGUGCGUCAGGCUGAAGAACUAAUGAAAGGCCAACAGAAGAUGCUGUCUCAGCCAGUUGCAGUACAGGCUAAGUCACACGAAGAUGACAGACAGAGAGAUCCACUCUGUCCCGAAUUUUCAUCUCUUACACUCUCACAUGGCAAGGUAGCAAACAAGAAAUGUGCUUCCACAUCCACAGCUCCAACCAGACCACACUCUGGAAGCAAGGCACAGAGAACAACUUCAAGUUCAAAAAUAAGAAACUUGGAAGUACAAAGUGCUGAUAGUAUUGCAAUACUGGAAGAUCACAUAGGUUUUUCUCUAACAAAAACAAUUAGCAGAAUUGAAGAAAAACUAAAGAAAGGAACCUUACCAGAUUGUCCAGAUGAUGAUAUUAUUCCAAGUGUUGGAAAUGAAAUGGGAGCAGAAGCUCAAAUCAGAUUUCUUAAGGCUAAGUUACGUGUUACACAGGAGGACUUGGCUAAUGUAGUGUUUGAAUGCAGAAAAAAGGAUGAUGAAAAUGAAGAUUUGGAAACUCAGCUUAAAGAUACUGAGGAAGAAAACAGCAGACUGCAACGAGCUAUCAGUGUGCAGCUCUCCCAGACUGAGAAGUACAAGAUGCUGUCACAAGAAGCAAACAGAAAAAGUGAAGGGUUACAGCAAGAGGUCACUGCACUAGAAAAGGAAUUGGAGAACCUGAAACGUGCACAAAAACAGGCUGCAGCCACUCAGAGUGCAACUGAGGCUCGCUUGAACAGGGCCCUGGAAGAAGUGGAAAGGUAUAAAGUGGAGCUGAAUAAACUGAAGCAAAGCAACAAGGAUAUAGCUAACCAAGAGCUCAAAACUAUUGAAGAACUAAAAACAGAAAACAAGAAACUACAGAAACAAAAAGGAGAGCUAAUGACUGGUUUCAAAAAGCAGUUAAAGUUAAUUGACAUUUUGAAGAGACAAAAGAUGCACAUUGAAGCUGCUAAGAUGCUUUCUUUUACUGAAGAGGAAUUCAUGAAAGCUCUUGAGUGGGGAAAUUACUGA